UCAUUUUAAUUCUUUAUCAACUACCACUUACACAAAGGUCAACCCGAUAUGGGCCUAAUAACCCGACCCAGUUACAUCUGGACCCGAUAGCGGAGCUGUCACUGUCACCAUCGGGAAACAUCGGUCUGAUCGUUAGGUGCGCCUUAUGUGGCACCGUAUUUCAGACUCUCCCUCCUUUCUACAAAUUGACUUCAAUUGAUGACAGUUUGUCUGUCGGAGCAAACAAGGGAAGAAUGGGUGCGAAGAGGGCUCUGCUUCAAUGUCUCUCUCUGUCUCUGGUGAUUCAAGUGUCAUUCGUGGUGGUGUCACUCGGCAACUACUUCAAGCCGUUCAACGUGACUUACGAUCACAGAGCGCUCAUCAUCGGCGGCAAGCGCCGUAUGCUCAUCUCUGCCGGCAUCCACUACCCCCGUGCCACUCCCGAGAUGUGGCCUGAUCUCAUUGCGAAGAGUAAAGAAGGUGGGGCCGAUGUUAUUCAAACAUAUGCAUUUUGGAAUGGACAUGAGCCAGUUAGAGGAGAGUACAACUUUGAAGGAAGAUAUGAUAUUGUCAAGUUUGUGAAGCUAGCGGGUGCGAGUGGGCUCUUCCUCCAUCUUCGCAUAGGUCCUUAUGUCUGCGCUGAAUGGAAUUUCGGAGGGUUCCCAGUGUGGCUGCGCGAUAUCCCUGGUAUAGAAUUUCGAACAGACAAUGUGCCGUUCAAGGAGGAGAUGCAGCGAUUUGUAAAAAAAAUGGUGGAUCUGAUGCGAGAAGAAAUGCUAUUUUCUUGGCAAGGUGGCCCGAUCAUCAUGUUGCAGAUUGAGAAUGAGUAUGGAAACAUUGAAGGCUCAUAUGGCCCGAGUGGGAAGGCUUAUGUUAAAUGGGCUGCUGGGAUGGCAAUGGGGCUUCGUGCUGGGGUUCCAUGGGUGAUGUGCAAGCAAACUGAUGCUCCAGGUGAUAUUAUUGAUGCCUGCAAUGAUUAUUAUUGUGAUGGUUAUAAGCCAAAUUCCUAUAACAAACCGACACUUUGGACAGAGAAUUGGGAUGGAUGGUAUACAUCUUGGGGUGACAGUUUACCCCAUAGACCAGUUGAGGACCUUGCAUUCGCUGUUGCACGCUUUUUCCAACGUGGAGGGAGCUUUCAGAAUUACUAUAUGUUCUUUGGUGGAACUAACUUUGGUCGGACUUCUGGCGGCCCAUUCUAUAUUACUAGUUAUGAUUAUGAUGCUCCAAUUGAUGAAUAUGGUCUGCUGAGUGAACCUAAAUGGGGACAUUUGAAAGAUCUGCAUGCUGCAAUAAAGCUUUGUGAACCUGCUCUAGUAGCUGUUGAUUCCCCUCAUUAUAUGAAAUUAGGCCCAAAGCAGGAGGCACAUGUUUAUGGUGUAGGUGUUCAUUCUGAAGGUCUGAACUUAACUCAUUGUGAAACUCAAAGCAUCUGCUCUGCAUUUCUUGCCAAUAUUGAUGAACAUAAGUCAGCUUCAGUGACAUUUCUUGGUCAAUCAUAUACAAUACCACCAUGGUCAGUGAGUAUACUACCUGAUUGCAGGAACACGGUAUUCAACACUGCUAAGGUUGGGGUGCAAACUUCCAUCAAGACAGUUGAGUUUGCUUUGCCUCUUCUUCCAAAAAUUUCUGUUUUGCAUCAAACUGUGGAUCACAAUAAAACUUCCCACUACUCGAAAUCCUGGAUGGCUUUAAGAGAGCCAAUUGAUAUCUGGAGUGAGGACAACUUUACCGCCCAAGGCUUCUUGGAGCAUUUGAAUGUGACAAAGGACCGUUCUGAUUAUCUAUGGCACUUCACCAGGAUAUACGUUUCUGAUGAAGACAUCUUAUAUUGGGAGGAAAACAAAAUUAGUCCUGCAGUUACCAUUGACAGCAUGCGCGAUGUACUCUAUGUGUUUAUUAAUGGCCAGCUUGCUGGCAGUGUGGUUGGUCACUGGGUCAAGGUUACUCUGCCUAUUAAGUUUUCACUUGGGCUCAAUGACUUGGUGUUAUUGUCUGAGACGGUUGGUUUGCAGAACUAUGGUGCUUUCUUGGAGAAGGAUGGGGCUGGGUUUAGAGGAAAAGCUAAGCUUACUGGAUUCAGAGAUGGGGAUGUCGACCUUUCCAAGUUAUCAUGGACCUACCAGGUGGGACUUCAGGGAGAGAUCCAGAAAAUAUAUUCCAUUGAGGAAACUGAAAAGGCGGGAUGGAAUGAUUUGAAACUUGAUGCUGUCUCAUCCACAUUUACCUGGUACAAGACCUACUUUGAUGCUCCAGAUGGGGAAGACCCUGUUGCUCUUGAUUUGGGAAGCAUGGGAAAAGGCCAAGCUUGGGUCAAUGGCCACCAUAUAGGAAGAUAUUGGACUCUGGUUGCCUCAAAAGGUGGGUGUCAAACAUGUGAUUAUCGUGGUGCGUACCAUUCAAAUAAAUGUCGAACCAAUUGUGGGAAGCCUACUCAAAUCUGGUACCAUGUCCCACGGUCAUGGUUACAGGCAACAAAUAAUUUACUAGUCAUCUUCGAGGAAAGAGGGGGGAAUCCAUUUGAGAUUUCUAUCAAGUUGCGUUUGUCUAGGAUUUUAUGUGCUCAAGUGUCUGAGUCUCACUAUCCACCACUGCAAAGGUGGUCUAAGCCAGAUUCGGCGAAUGGAAAAUUUUCGGGGAAGGAUAUGAUGCCAGUAAUGCACCUGCGAUGUAAAGAUGGGCAUAUAAUCUCCUCUAUAGAAUUUGCUAGCUAUGGAACUCCUAAAGGAAGCUGCCAAAGGUUUUCCAGAGGAAACUGUCAUGCUCCUAACUCCCUGUCUGUGGUGUUAGAGGCUUGUGAAGGCAGAGGCAGUUGUUCCGUUGGAAUUUCAAAUGCUGUAUUUGGAGGUGAUCCUUGUCUGGGCGUUGUAAAGACAUUGGCCGUGGAGGCUAGAUGCACUUCAUCAUCGAAUAUUAGAUCUUCCCAGAUGUAAAAUGAAUCCCACUGAAGAUCAGCUGAAGGUUUGUCAAAAAAUAAAUCUCCAUACGUUUUAGUAUUGUACAUUUGUUAAUUGUGAAACUUGUGCUACUGUCUACUCUUAUUUUCGGGCUUGUAUUGGUGUUGGUAACACUUGUUUGUCGGACAUUUUCUAUCCCUGCUUUAACAUGUUCUCUCAAAAUAAAAAUUGAGUUGAAAUUCACAUGGUUA